AUGUUUAUUACACUCACGUCCUAUAAAAUAGUUUAAAAAACGUUGACUAAAAUCGGCUGCUCUUGUGAUUUUACCAAGUCACGGACCAUUAUAAGGGUGCCGACAUACACUAACGGCAACUUUUGAUUGAGUAAGUUGAUGGGUGGUGCGAUGAGAGGGAUUCAAUCCAGCAAAAUGUCCACAGCCCUGUCUUUACGUUGUGCGCUGAUCAUCCUUCAUUUGAUAAUGGAAUUGCCAGGAACAGAGUGCCAAGCAACCUGUUUCAAAAACUCCUGCUACAUAUUUUCGAAAAGCGGAAGAUAUUGGUAUAGCAACAGGAAUGUCUGUUACCUCCAGGGAGGUUACUUAGUCUCCAUCGAAACUGAAGAAGAAUGGCACUUUAUCAAUCAUGAGAUUCAAAAGCGUGGUACUUGGAAUACUAGUGCGUGGCACAUUGGUUUAGGGAAGAGAGACAAGGGUUGGACUUGGGAGAGUGGAGAACAACUGAAUAUUUCGAAAUGGCAAGAUUCUCAGCUAGAUGAUAACGACGAUAGAGUGGAAAUAUCCAAGAAUGGAAGCCUCUUUCAUGGUAUCUCUUGGGGUGAUAAAAACGCCUUCAUUUGCGAGAUGCCCAGAAGAUGCUCAAACAUAACUUUUAAGAACUCUUGGUACAUAAUUUCAGUGAAUGGAUGGUCAUGGCUCUUUAACAGAGAAACCUGCCAAAACCAAGGAGGGGACCUAGUAUCCAUUGAAACCGAAGAGGAAUGGAAGUUCAUUAAUGACGAGAUUCAAAGGCGAAAUACUAAGUACUAUAUAAGUACAUGGAGUAUCGGUUUAACAAAAAAAGCCGGGAAUUGGACCUGGGUGAGUGAAAGACCGCUGACUAUUUACAAAUGGGGAAAAGGGGAGCCAAGUGGUGAACACGAAAAGGCCAUCAUGUACAAGCGGUCCAGUAAUGGCAAACCGGGCGUGUUUGGUAGCACAGCUUGGGGGAACUGGCACGCUUAUAUUUGUGAGAUUUCCAAGGCAUCAUCAUUAGCAUCGGCAUCAGCAUCGCCAUCGCUAUCUCUAUUGUCAUCGCCAUCGUCAUCUCUAUUAUCAUCGGCAUUAGGAUCAGCAUCGCCAUCGCCAUCGCCAUCGCCAUCGCCAUCGCCAUCGCCAUCGCCAUCGCCAUCGCCAUCGCCAUCGCCAUCGCCAUCGCCAUCGCCAUCGCCAUCGCCAUCGCCAUCGCCAUCGCCAUCGCCAUCGCCAUCGCUAACAGCACCAUCGUCAUUGUUAUUUAGGACAGUUGAGCAUUUGGCAAAUUACUAUGUGUCAAAAUUAUCCGGAAUAAAUGUUACCAGAAAGAUUUCCAUACAGGAGGCUGUAGGUGUGUUUGAAGAUUUCACCAUAAAUCUCAAGAAAGUCGCAAAAGGCAAGGUCAGCAUGGAAGAGGUUAAGACACUAAGAAAAUCCAUCUUUGAGGUGGCAGAGGCCGUCGAGAAAUUUGCUAUUAAUUAUGGCAAGCAACACCUGAGUGGAAUGAGGCCUUCAGAAAGGAUCGUUUUCCCAAACAUGGUUUUGGCCAUUCAAAAAGCCUAUCGCCAGAAUGGGAGUUUCUUCCACUUUGAUGAACAACGAUGGCAAGCGACAAUCGAUAUCGCUUCUUCAAAUUUUGAGGAAAAUGGAUCAUUGGUAGUGGCUUUUGUGUACAAGGAUCUGCAUGACCGACUUCUGACGGACCAACCCAUCAGGAAUGAAACAGUCAACAAAAGGUAUAUCAACUCCAGGAUAAUGGCCGUAACUAUGGACCCCAAGCCUAAUAAAUUGGCAGAAAAUGUCAUCCUUAAGUUCAAAAACCUAAAGGUUUUGACAGCAGAGAAGCGCUGCAUGUUUUGGAGUGGCCUCAGCAAAAGGUCUGAGGGAUUUUCAGAGGAAGGAUGCCAUGUAGUUAAAUCAAAAAGCAACUCAGAAGAAACAGUUUGCAGCUGCAAUCAUUUGACGCAUUUUGCCGUCUUAAUGGACUACGACGGUAGCUUAAAGCUCACCAAGGAGGACGAAACAGUCCUGAAAGUUAUCACCUACGUGGGACUGAGCCUUUCCAUCGUCGGGAUACUUUUAACAUUAAUACUUUAUUAUUGCCUCACAGAUGUUCGUCAACCUCUCUCUCAAAUUCGACUGAGUGUUUCUAUGUCCCUUGGAGCUGGACAGAUCAUCUUCCUCGCGGGAAUAAACGCCACAGAAAACAAAGCUGCUUGUGUUACAAUAGCAGCUCUGAUGCAGUAUUUCUUGAUGGCCGCUUUCUGUUGGAUGCUGAUCGAGGCAAUUUAUCUCUACCUCUUCGUUGUGAAAGUUUAUAAUAUCAACGCCAAGAUGCACAUGUAUCACGUCCUCUCAUGGGGUCUUCCAGUGAUCAUGGUGGCCAUUUCACUUGGCAUCGCUGCUGGGAAAGAAGGAUUACAAAGCUAUACGAGUGAUAAAUAUUGCUGGCUUUCCUCGACUAACAACCUGACCUGGAUAUUCGUCGCCUUUGUGACUUUCAUUGAAGUUCUCAACAUCUUGAUACUCGUAAGCGUUAUAAAGGAAAUGACCAAUUUGGUGCAGCCAACAGCGGAAGACAACAAUUUUCAGCAAGUACGACUUGGCAUCAAAGCAUGCGUGGUGAUAAAUCCCCUGCUGGGUAUCACGUGGUUAUUUGGUCUCCUUUUGCCUGUGCAUAAAGCUUUUGCCUACAUCUUCACCAUACUCAACUCUACUCAGGGUUUCCUGAUUUUCGCUUUACACUGCAUGCGAAACAAUCAGAUCAAAGAAAGAUUCAAAAGAAAGAUGAACAUCGUUUUUCCAUCUUCAAUAAAGGACAACGCCACAAGGAAGUGCUCACAGGUCAAACAAGUGAGAUUGUGCUGAAUUUGAAUCCAAAUCGCACUUAACUCAAGUAACUGGAUCUAGCCAACUAGAAAUAACCGUCAAUUACUUAGUGCAAUCAUUUAGUUAACAGCGAUUAGUCGGUUGCGAUCGGUCUGAGGUACGAUCUGCAGGUUAAGGUCAUUCUGUUUAUUAUUGUUUAAGCACUCAUGCAAUUGUAAAUGUCACCUAUCUUCUUCAUGAUUGUAAGUUAUAAGUUUAUUUUCUGAGCGAUCGUAUAUUUG